GUUCAUCGCGGAGAGACUGAUCUAGUUCCCAGCAAACCGUCGCUUUUCUAGCACCUAACUGAACUCUGCCGCAAUGCCGAAUCUGCAAGGAAAGGUUGCAUUCAUCACUGGUGCGUCUUCUGGCAUCGGCGAAGCCACGGCUCUGCACUUCGCCACACUUGGGUGUUCGCUCUCCAUCACAGCGAGGAGCACUGCUGCUUUGGAAAGGGUGGCUGCACAGUGCAAGGCGAACGGAGCUCCAGGAGUGGAAGUACUGGUGAAGACGGCUGACGUUAGGAAUACAGAAAAAGUGUCCGCCAUUAUAAAAGAAACAGCCGACCACUUCGGCAAGAUUGAUAUUGUGGUCAACUGCGCUGGGUCCGCACGAAUGAGCUUCGUCGGCAAAGUUUCGCUCGAGGACUUCGACGACGAACUUAACAUUAAUCUGCGGGCCGUCUUUCACAUAACGCAGGAAGUUUUGCCCUACCUCAUAAAGACAAAAGGAAAUAUAGUGAACGUCUCAAGCAUCGGAACAAUGAGGCCGGUGCCUGCCGUUUCACUGUCUGGCAUCAGCAAAGCCGGUGUGGACAAACUGACAAAGAUUUCCGCGCUGGAAUAUGCACCGUAUGGCAUUCGUGUCAACGCUAUCAACCCUGGCCCAAUUGAAACCAAGAUGGUAUUCAAGGACGAAAUGGGCCCAGAGAUGAAGAAAAUGAUCCGGCAUAUGAUGGAAGCAUCGAACGUGAUGGGUCGUCUUGGAACCGUCGAGGAAGCGGCCCGUGCCAUCGCUUUUCUGGCUUCAGACGACGCCUCCUUCAUCACAGGUCACUGUCUACCGGUGGACGGCGGCAGUCUCUUAAUCGGAACGCUGAAGGGCAACAUAUUCACGCAGGCUGGUAUGAAGCAAAUGCCUCCCCAGUGAUAUCCACAGUUGAACAGCUGAGUUGUCUGACUGGCAUUUA